AUGCAGCUGCCCGCAGACCCGCAGCAGCAGCAGCAGCAGCAGCAGCAGCAGCAGCAGCGGGAGCAGGGGGGAGACGGGGAGGAGGCUCUGCUGCCGCCGCAGCAGCAGCAGGGAGGAGAUGGGGGGACGACUGAGCAGCAGCAGCAGCAGGAAGCAGGAGGGGCGACGGAGCAGCAGCAGCAGCAGCAGCAGCAGCAGCAGCAGCAGCAGCAGGGGCGGGCGCUGUGCAGCAGCUGCAGCGCGAGUGCUGCUGCUGCGCAGCUGCCGCGGGAACGCGUGGAAAGCAGCAUGCAGCUGCUGGGUCUCGUGCUGCUGUCGAAUGAACUUCGAGCUGAUGCAAAAGAGGCUGCUGCUGCGCAGCUGCCGCGGGAACGCGUGGAAAGCAGCAUGCAGCUGCUGGGUCUCGUGCUGCUGUCGAAUGAACUUCGAGCUGAUGCAAAAGAGACAAUAAGUCUUUUAAAAAAAGGAAAAGUCCGCCCCGUUAUUAUCACGGGAGACUCCAUCUUCACUGCUGCUGCUGUUGCUCUCCGCUGCGGCAUGCUCGCUCCCGCGCCCCACGACCCUGCAGCAGCAGCAGCAGCAGCAGGAGGCGCAGCAGCAGCAGCAGCAGCAGCAGGAGGCGCAGCAGCAGCAGCAGCAGCAGCAGCAGCGGACGACGUGUCCCCGGCCUCGUGUGGGGCCCCGGGCAGCUGGCUGGAGGCGGAGUUGGGGGGGGGCCCCCGGGGGCCCCCUUUGCUGCUGCUGGGGCAAAGGGCCCCCGAGGGGCAGCAGCAGGAAGUGGUUUGGAAAGAGCUGCUGUCGGGGCGAGAAGUGCCGCAGGAGGAGGUUUUGGAGUGCCCGGAGCGGUGGCCGGAGCUGGCGGUGACGGAGGAGACAUUCGACAUUCUGAGGAGUCAGCCGCUGCUUCCACUGCAGCAGCAGCAGCAGCAGCAGCAGCAGCAGCAGCAGCAGGUGAGUACGGAGGAGCAGCAGGAGCAGCAGGAAGAGGCAGAGACCGAGGCUGAGGGGGCCCCCUUGGUGCCUCGCAAAAGCUGCUGCAAAGAGCAGCAGCAAAACUCCAAGGAAGCAGCAGCAGCAGCAGCAGCAAAUGAAGGGGACUCUGUGCUGGAUGCGCUUUUAAUGCGCAUUCGCAUUUUCGCCAGGACAACUCCGAAGGGCAAAAGCCGAGUGGUCCACUCGCUGAUGACCACUGGUCACUUCGUGCUGAUGUGCGGCGACGGCGCCAACGACUCUGCGGCCCUCCGCACUGCCCACGUUGGCCUCGCCCUCUCUCGCUCGGCUGCUUCUAUCGCUGCGCCAUUCACUUCAACUUCCAUGAGGCCCUCAGCUGUCAUCAGUCUCCUAAAGGAAGGCCGCUGCAGCCUGGCCACCUCUCUUGCUGCUUACAAGUUCAUGGUGCUGUACGGUUUGCUGCUGUCGCUGGCCAAAGUUGUGCUGCUGGUUGCUGCUGGAGGCGCAUGCAUGAGUCAGGCCCUUUACCUCACAGUCGACGUGGGCGUUUUGCUGGGCAUCAGCAACCUCAUGGUUUUGGCCCGGUCAGCCCCGCGCUGCUGCUGCUGCUGCUGCUGCUGCUGCUGCUGCUGCUGCUGCGGGCGCUGCCUGCAGCUCUUCUGCUGCUGCAGCGGGCCUGGGCGCCGAGCGGCGGCUGACGGUGCGCCUGCCGCGGCAGCGAAGCUGCGGCGCAGAGCAUCGUGUGGCUGCUAA